CGCAAAGAGGUCCGUGUGAGAACCGAGUUGUGAAGGAGGAGCCACAACCUCCGGGUCCCACUCGUCAGACAUAUCCACAACCUCCGCGGCAGCGAAGCAGCGCCGCUAUCGCCGCCCUCCUCGGCCGCCGCUGUCGCGCGGGCCGUGCACCGAUCGAGCACGGCGAUUUGCCGUGCCCGGAGACCGCAAAAGCAGAGGCUGAGGACAAUCCUUCAAGCUCUUGAGGCGAGCUUGGAAUGGAGUCCCACGCCACACCGCCGAUUUCCCUCACCGCUUUCGGCACCGGAGAUCGAGAUGGCCGUCUUCUCCACCAACUCCGGUUGAAACUGCGGCUCCCGCCGUCCUGCCUGCUCGGCUUCCUAUGCUGGGCAGCAGUAUUCCAUGUUGGGAUUGGCUUCAAGCUUCAUGCGAUCGCCCUUUCAACCCUGCUAAGCAUAAACUGGAUACUGUUGCUUGGGAGGACUCUCAAGUUAGUGAUUCUGGUGGUCAUGGAUGCCACGCAUUGUGCACCAGUUGACGGCUCUAACAUAUCAUUCUGCCUCCACUGUUUGUAUUCUGCUGAUCUGCUCUUCUCAUUCGCCAUAGACAAAUGCAGCUCAUUGAAAUCUCAGUUUGCUAACAACUCCUGGCCCAUUAUUAAGCUUAAGCCAGUACUUCGCAACAAUGGAUGGUUGUGUGCAUCUUGCAAUUAUACAUACAUACAUACAUACAUACUCCCCUGAACCUAUUUUUAAUCUGUUCUUGUGUAGGCUUCAUGCAUACAUACUCGCAUUGUCCUCCUUUUGUCCCCACCCUCCCUUUUCGAGAAAGUCUGUGUUUCAGAGAGAGAGAAGGGCGAGAGAAGUAGGUUCUGAUACGGCCAUGGUACCAGUGACUGAUGAUACUAUUCAAGCUGAGCUAGUUACAGAAUUAAGCCAUGAAAAAGUUACAGCAAAUAAUGAAGUGCAUGCAUCCAUAUUUCAUCAAGGAAAGGAUGGUAACUUGCGUCAGUUGUGUGGACCGAGAGUUAAUUCUAUAAUUAACAGACCAAAGACCAAUGACGCGGUGCAUGCAUUAGAUUCAAGAGAUGUUCUGCACGGUCCUGCACACAUAAUACAACCAGAUUUGGACUAUAAAAAAAUGGGACGCUGGGGAGGAUUAACAUGGCCCAACAAGUCAAGAGAUCAAGGUAGCUUCCAGAACAAAAUUCAAAGGAAAUUGUAUCAUUCUAUUCGGCCGCAUUACAGAAAAAUAUCGGAGAUUAAUAAGGAGCCAACACUACCUUUGGUCGAGCCCAAUUUCCAUACGCCUCCAAGUUGGCUUUCUCGACGGCGCGUAUGUACGUGACAUGCUGAUUCACAUGCGUGCACAGUUAAUUAAGUUAUUAUAAUAUUAUAGGUAGGUUCACGUUGUUUGGCUUGUUAGGAUUCUUUCCAUUUUAAAUAUUUCCUUAUCCCUAGUUUACUUGGGAAUCACGUGAGACUUGGUUUAGGCGAGGUCUGUUUGAUGUUAAAAGGCAUGGCUUCGGCCAGGUAGAGAUUUGAGUUUUUGGGAGUUUAUUUGCGAGACAGGAAUAACACAGUAAAACGUCCAGGUUUUGGGCGGCUAUAUCUUGUAUAUCAUCUGAGAUUUUCCCAUCGUGGAAAUUUUCUAGCGACGGAGGGUUGAUCAUCAAUAUCGCCGCCUACGUGUUGAUCCGAGGGGAUCAUUAUUUUUGUUCGUGUAUUUUUGUACACGGGUGAAAAUUAUUCUUGGAGGUUGCAAGGAGGAACAGGGAGACGGACUGCUCAUCAAACAUCGCCGUGAAAGAUCGGGCCAUCUACGCGCGCGAAUUAGCAUCUCGCUAGUUUGUGCCUCAUCAGGUUCCUUCGUGGUUCCUCAUCCCUAGAGAGAGAAUUUUGUGAUCCUCCCUUUGAGUGCUCUAGUACUAUGCCCCUAGUUUCUUCCUCUCUCUCUCUGUGGCUCUGCAUCCCUCUCUCUGUUUCUCCCCGCCUUUGCUUCACCAGCACUUCAGAAUGAUGUGGUCUUUUGAAAAACUUUUUUUUCGUGAAUAA